AUGCCGCUGUUGGAGAAGCUGUCGGCGUCUGGUGCUGCUGCUGCUGCUGCGGGUGGUGGUGGUGGUGGUGGCGGACGGCUGCCAGAGUCCGAAUCAGCGGCACGCGCACAAGCCGACGAAGCAGCGCGACUGGUGCUCGCCGCGCCGUCGCCGUCCCCGCCGCAGCGGAUGCAGCACCAUACUCAACGCGAGCACAGCAAGAGCAGGGUCAGGGCUGCUGGCGUGGAGUCGGACGCUCCAUUGGCGGGAAACGCAUCGGUCGUUUCAGACGCUUCUUCUUCUGCUUCAAUUGUGCCUGCAAGCCAGACAGUGCUCGAGCAGCAGCAGCAGUCGUCGUCGAGGUCGCCACGGUCUACAAAGCGCGCAGAUACCAACGUCAUUGCGGCUUCGAGGGCUGAGCACCAGUCGAGCGACGCACGGGUUGCAUCGGCGCAAGACGAGACGAGCGAGACCAACGAGACGAGCGACAAGGCCGUCGAGUCCGAUGCAAAUGCAGCGAGCAGUCGAGCUGAGAUGCCGUCGUCGUCGUCGUCGUCGUCACCAACAAGCGAUGGUCUGAAUGCGGCGAGCAGCGAACGGCCGCUCAGCGCUGCAGGUCGCGCCGCUCUCGAACGCGCCAACCCGCUGCUGCCCCGCGAGAAGGCUGCCGGCUCCACGCAUCCACUCCCGACAACAAAGUACAUGUUAUUGCAGCCACUUGCAAGUGCCGCCAGCAGCGUCGUCGUUGGCGAGGAUCAGGCCAGGCUCGGCUCUGCUCUUGCGACGCCCGCCAAACCCAGCGGGAACUCGCGAGCCGCCGGCACGUCCACAGAUGAUCCGUUUCAUGUCUCAUCUCUGCGGGACAAUGCCGAUGCUCUUGCAUUCAUGCCAGCGAGUGGAACAGACCGUGCCGCUGCACGAAAAUCGCCAAAAUCCACGCCCAUCUCGAGAAUUGCUUUGCCUCGAACGGCCUUUCCCGACGGCCAGUUCGACCUGGCCCCUUCCGGCUUCGGCUCGUCGUCGUAUGCAGCAACUGCCCCGAUUCCAUCGCAAUGGGCCGGACCAAGUCGCUACGCAGCCGUCUCCAGUGACCUGCCAACCCCUCCGUCCCAGUGGCAAUCGCGGCACCAGCAGCACAACCAGCAGGUGCUUGCGCUCAGCCUCAGCGCGCGGUCAAACCUUCCAGCCAAGUCGCACGCAUCCGUCUACCGCGAUUCGGACAGCGACUUGGAGGUUGAUGUCGCCGAGAGCUCAAUCGGCAGUCACGUUCACAACGACGACGACAACGAUGACGACGACGACGACGACGCUGACCAGCCACGCGGAUACAUUGCUGGAGCCACCUAUCUGAGCGACACCCCGACGCCGCGUGCGGAUGUCAAGCUCGCGCUGACCCGGCUGACUCAGCGCCGCGCACAGGCAGUGCGCGAAGCAUCGACAGGCCGACUCCGCUCCCCGUCUCCUCCCCUCGACCGCCGUUACCCUGGAGUGACGCAGCGCGCGACCAUCUCGGUGCCCACAGGCUCGUCGCCGCAAAUAGUGCACGACACACCCGUGGGCACGCGCCGGAAUCGCGCCGCCGUCUCCAUCAUGGGCGACGCUUCCGACUUGUUCAUUUCCUCCAAUGCAAGCAGAAAUGCCGAUGCGACUGAUAUUCGUCGCAAUGAUAAUGAUGGUGAUGAUGACGACGAUGAUGAAGAUCUUCCAUCUCAAGCGACUGCGCAGGCUGCAGCGAUCGCCCAAAGUCAAGCGCGGACCUCAUCAACACCAUCGCGCACAAGUGUCACUCCUGCGUCAAACGCCCGGCCAUCUCCACGAAAGAUCAAGCAAGUUUGUUCCGACAGCGACAGCGAGGAGGACGACAAGCAAGAGCAGGUCAGGCAACAGCAACAACAACAACAACCCCGCCCUGCGACUCAAUCGACCACCAAGCACAGUCCAUCAGCUGCAUCUCGCUCGACACCUGCAGGUGGAGCAUUCGUUGAUCGCCUUUCCGACUCUGACGGUGCCGAGGACGAAAUUGCCUCCACCAUUUCUUUACCUCGCCGUGCGACAAGCACAAGCUCGCAGGCUAGUCGUCGCGCUGGCAUCAAACGCAACGCUGCCCCUCUCAGCACCUCUCAAAAGCUGGUCAAGGCCGCGAUGCGUGGUAGCGGCCGACGCUCGCCCGAGCGCUCGUUGCUCGAGGAGGAGGAUUUGGAAGGAUUUGUGGUGCCGGACAGCGCUCCUCUGGAAGCGUUGACAAGCAGCUCUGAUGACGCGUCUGGCUCGAGUGAUGGUAGCGAUGCUGAUGAAAGCGAUCGGCGGUCAAAGUCAUCCCGAAAGCAGGCCUCCCGUCGACGCAGUAGCAGCCAACGACACGAGAGAUCGUCGCAACGUUUCAAGAACUCCGAGUUCCAUCCUAGCUACGUGAAUCACCCUGUGGUGUCGAGAUCCAAGCGACGACGAGAAGACAUCCGAAGCGACAAACCCUCCAGGAGCAAGAGCGGUGACAGCGGCAGCAGCUCUAGCGACGACGAUGUUCGACCAAUUUCCUCGCUGGUGGUGGUUGAGCAACCUUCCAAACGAGCCCGACAGGAAUCGGAUGAAAGCUCGACCACAGUCUCUGCCAAAAUUGUAGCGGCGUCUGCUGUUACUGGGCAUGUUUUGGCAAUUGGUUCCGCUCGCUCGGCACAGGAGGUGGCAGCUUCCGUUUUGACCGCCAUCGGCUCUGCGACGGAGGCAAAUACUGCCGAUGCCCCACCUGCACUGGUACCAAACACGUUCAUGUGCCUGCGAGACCCAACCAGUGCGCAAGGCGUUGAUGUGAGCGAGCUUCUCUUCCGCGUCUCGCACUCCGCCAGUGUUGUGGAAGCAUAUCGCAAUAUCGGUCGCUUCAACUACGAGGCAACCAAUUGCUUCUUCAAUGUUGCUUCCGAGCACCUUCUUGGCCCAAUCCUGGUCGCGCAUGUCCCUCCGCGACCCCUGUGUGACAUUGUUUACUUGUAUCCGUCGCUCGCUGCGCAGUUGCCGACGUUAUUGAUGAACGUGGCAGAGACCAGAGCUAUGGAUGUUGAAACGCGGCCAUCCAUUCAACAACAGCCAGAGACGGAGCAAGAGCCGGAGCAAGAGCCGGAGCAGUCGCCCGACAUUGCUGUGGUUGCUGCAGCUUCCCUGACUCGCAGGAGACAGCCAGUUUUGCGGAAUACGCCGAAGCCACCAACAGCAACAGACGCCCCGUCCAGCACUUCCAAGCAAGAGCCUGUGCUGCCACAACCCCAGCAAGUCGAACGUGAAACGCGCAAAGCUGCCGCUUCUCCCAAGAAGGCCGACGCGACCCGCUCACCAGCCAAAAAUGUCACCAAAGAGGUCACUGCGGACACUUCUGCGGCAUCGACGACGGACACUUCUGCAGCAACGGCUUCAAGUGCUCCAACUCGCCGCCGUACGAGGCGCGCAUUGUCGACCGCGGCCCAGGAUUCCCAGACCAGCGAGACCAACACGGCCAGCCCCAUGGAUGUGGCCACGACAGAAACCACGACUGCGGUUCGAGUCAAGCUCGAGCCACAGGCUGUGGCGCCCCAGACUCUGGACCGCGAGCUCGAACUGCUGCGGUCGCGUCGUCAAGAAUUGGGCGUCGCGUUUCCCGUCUUUUUGCAAUUUCUGCUCAGCGUGUCUGUCGACAGCGACUUUCUCGGCUACUUGGUUGACUCGGGCGACCACUACUUUCUUUCGGCUGUGCGACGGAUUGACGCCGCUCUGGAGGAUUGCAAGAGCAUUCUCGUGGCCAGCGACAGUUGGAACUCUGAGUUCAAGUCCGCGCUCGACACGUAUCCGCAUCGCAGCGAGGUCGACUCGCGUGCGAACGACAAGUGCGAAGCGUGCGGGCGCGGCGCUCACACUGUUGCUGUCACCAUUCACCUGCAAGGACCUCGCUAUGAUUCCAAAAUGCUGCAAGAACUCCCGUGUGUCGAGGAAAAGAAGGAGGCAGAGGAGGAAGAACAGUCGUCGUUGCACAAUAGUGCUGCAGUCCAUCCAGACUCACCUCUGGCCCGAACGUCCGCUCGCAGCGCGUUUGAGUUUGUGGGGUCGGACGACGAGGCAGAGCACGAGCGCCCUCACACUGCAUCCAGGCGCUCGACCAAGCACACUCGUGACAACCACUCUCAAGCAAGCGAUCAAGGCGACGAGCGAGCGCGGCGUAGCCCUGGAGGCCACGUUGCAGUGAGCAGGCGCGGCAAGUCGUCGUCCGGCUCUUCCGACAAGGCCCGGUUCCGAGCGACCGCAAGCAAGCAGCAGCUGCAAAUGGCGUUAGCGCCCUCUGUGGAAUCGGUCUGCUUCAAGGUCGGCAAGUCCUGUGCAGCUCGUGCGGCCGUCUAUCACGACCUCAGCCAUUUCAAGUGGCAGUGCUUCAUGACCUGUCGGAAGCAAGCGCGUCUGGCACAGGCCAAGGGUCAGUUGGACCAGCGAGACACGGUUGCCCACUGCCUGGAUGACAGCAACUGGGUCUAUGAAAUGUAUCACUCGUUCCGGGCUCUGCUCAAGCGGGGUCAAGAGUUUCACAUGAAGCACGCUUGA